AAAAAAUAACACAAAAAUCCCCAAUCCACUAACCCUAAUCAGUAAUCUAAUGUUCGUAUCUCCCCAAAUAUCUUGCUUCCUCCGAAAUCUCCCUACCACCGAGUGCCGACAGCCACCAGUCACCACCGACCACCGUAACCCAACGCAGUGACGCAACUUCACUGUCUGGUCACUUCACUCACCACCGUCCAAUAUUUCAAGGCUCAAGCAGCUUGCACUCUUCUGGGUUCUCCGUUGUCGUCGCUCAUCAUCGCUGGAACCCCUUUUACCUUCAGCAGCUUUAAAGAAUUUUACUUAUAAAAAGGACAUGACAGAACAAAUUUAAGACAGCAGCCCUAUACCUUUGCCUCCCCAAAUCAGUUCCUAUUUUCACCAAAAAUCCCUAGGUGUUGUGUGCCGCUCACCAGCAGGUGAAGCUGCUGCUUACUCUGUCGCCGGAGUUCACUACGGUGCUGCUUGUCAAUCUCAUCCAAUUCCAGGGUGUUGGAAUUCACUGUUUAAAGGUUCCCAGUUAUUAAAGCAUGAAUUCACUGUUAAAGCGUCUCAAAAGCUAUGAACUCUUUUUUUGCCAUUGAUGUAGGGUGUUGGAGAUUCAUACUAAUUUACAUGUGAUUUAAGUUUUUAGAAAAAUGGGUAAUUGUUUAGGGUCAGAAUGGAUCCCUCAAAGCAAGAAACAAACCAAAAAAAAGCUUCUAAACCGAUGGCUAGGAAGGAAACCCAAGAAUUCCAAUUUGUUGUUUACAAUACCAUGACUCAGCAAAAAGAGGUUUUCAAUCCCAAAAUCCCUGGAAAAGUUCGCAUGUAUGUCUGCGGUGUCACUGCCUAUGAUUUCAGUCACCUUGGCCAUGCUCGUGCUGCCGUUUCCUUUGAUGUCCUUUACAGGUACCUUAAGCAUUUGGGUUAUGAGGUUACUUAUGUCAGGAAUUUUACUGAUGUUGAUGAUAAGAUAAUUCGUCGAGCCAAUGAGACUGGAGAGGAUCCAAUAAGUUUGAGUGACCGGUACUGUAAAGAAUAUAAUAUAGAUAUGAGUGAUCUACAGUGCCUUUCUCCAACACAUGAGCCACGUGUUUCUGAUCACAUGGAGCAGAUCAAAGAUAUGAUAACUCAGAUUAUAAACAAAGACUUUGGAUAUGUUGUUGAAGGCGAUGUGUUUUUUACUGUUGAUAAAUUCUCAAAUUAUGGCAAGUUAUCUGGGCAGAAGCUGGAAAACAAUAGAGCAGGUGAACGUGUUGCUGUUGACUCAAGGAAGCGUAAUCCUUCCGACUUUGCAUUAUGGAAGGCUGCAAAGCCAGGUGAGCCAUCUUGGGACAGCCCUUGGGGACCUGGACGACCUGGGUGGCACAUAGAAUGUAGUGCAAUGAGUGCACAUUAUUUAAGCUUCAAAUUUGACAUUCAUGGUGGUGGGCUUGAUUUGAUUUUUCCUCACCAUGAAAAUGAAAUUGCUCAAAGUUGUGCUGCAUGCAAAGAGAGUGACGUAAGUUAUUGGAUGCACAAUGGGCAUGUUACUAAUAACAAUGAGAAGAUGUCAAAAUCUUUGGGUAACUUUUUCACAAUUCGCCAGAUUACUGAGAGAUAUCAUCCACUGGCUUUGCGAUACUUCUUGAUAAAUGCACACUAUCGUUCUCCUCUCAAUUACUCUGUUGUUCAGUUGGAAGGUGCAUCAGACGCUGUUUUUUACAUAUAUCAGACUUUGAAAGAUUGUCAAGAUGCUCUAUUGCAACUACAAGAAGAAAUGCCCAACGAUGGCAAACCAGCUCGGAUUAGUCCGGACGCCAAGGAAUGCAUUAGCAAGCUCCGCAAUGAGUUCCAGGUGAAAAUGUCAGAUGACUUGAGCACUUCACUUAUACUGACUGGAGCCUUUCUAGAAGCAUUGAAGUUGGUAAACAAUUUGUUGACCAUGCUAAAGAAGAAGCAGCAAAAGCAACAAAGAUUAUUGGUAAUUCAAUCCCUUAAAGAGAUUCAGAACGAAGUUACAAAAGUUUUGGAUGUUCUGGGAUUGCAGCCACCUUUCUCUUAUAACGAGGUUUUGCUGCAAUUAAAGGAGAAAGCAUUAACGAGAGCGGGGUUGGUGGAAGAUGAUGUGAUUCGUCUAAUUAAAGAGCGAGCUGAGGUGAGGAGAAACAAAGACUUCUUGAAAAGUGAUCAGAUGAGAGCUCAUUUGCAAGCACAGGGCAUUGCACUCAUGGAUGUAGGCACGGAAACAAUUUGGAGACCUUGUGUUCCUGUUCAACAAGACUCGGAAAUAGUGCCAUCAGAGGGCCAGAAGGUCCCUCCCAAGCCUGAAAGUGCAUAAGAAUGCAGAUCUUGAUUCAAGUUCACCAAAAAAAACAUAUCGAAUUUGCUUCGUAUGGUGGUUUUUAUUGUCAAAACAAUUUGGUGGGAUCAAGGAAAUUUCUAGACGGUUUUGAUUCAUAAUUUAUAAAAUGUCUUCCCGUUUCUGACCUAGUAAACUUGUGUAAUGAACCAAGUUCUUUCACGAUUGGAUUGAUUGCCUUGCUUCUAUUUGGCCUUCAGCUGCACAGACAGUGAGCCGGAUUUUUUCUUUUCUGAAUACUGUACUUUAGUAGUGUUGUAUACUGGUAAAUAACAGGCAUGAAUAUGGUGGUUAUAUUGUCCUUUUUAAA